AUGUGGCGACGCCUGCGCCGGAUACCCGUCGGGUGGAUCGACGCCGCGACGACGGAGGCGCGAUCGGCCCGAGCGCGGUGGGGCGGCGCGUGGAGACGCGUACCCGCGGGCGGUCCAUCGUGGUCCAUCGCGUCCAUCGCGUCCGUCGCCCCGUCGACGAGCGUUGCGACGAAUCGGCGAGCGCCCGCGCCGCCGCCGCCGACGACGACGACGGCGACGGCCGGGUCUGCCGGGUCUCGCGUCGCGUGCAUCCGCCGACCGCCGCCGCCGCCGGUGGAUCCCUCCCGCGGCGCUCCCGCGGCGCGCCUCGACGCUCGCCGGGGAUUCGCGGCGUCACCGACGUCGUCGAGCGACGGCACGCACAACCCGGUCUCCUCCAUCCUUCCGCGCAAGCACUUCACCGACGCGAUGCGCGCCGCUCGCGACGCCGGGGACGUCCCGGCCGUCAUGAAACACUUCGCCGAGCUCUGCGAGCGGUACCCCGACUCGCAGGGUCCGGGCGCGUUCGAGAUCCUCCUCUCCGUCGCCGCCGCGGAGGGCAACCCGGAGGCGGCCGUCGACACCCUGGAAGCGAUGCUAUCGCUGGGGUACCCGCCGACGCACCACACGCACCGCAAGAUCAUCGUCGCGCACAACCGCGGCGGCCAGCUGGACCGCGCGUGGGAGUGGCUCCAGAUGCUGGCGGAGAGCGAGGGGAACGAGUACCUGGCGCACGCGGAGGGUAACGCGGGCGCGAGACUCUUCGACGCGAUCCUCGUCGGCGCCGGCAAAGUCGCCGACGCGAACGUGUUUAACGAGUGCUGGCGCGUCAUGCGUUCGAUGGGGGUGGACCCGACCGAGGGCACGCUCGAGGCGCACAUGCUGAUGGAGAGCAAGGUGGGGUGGUCGGAAGGGGUCGAAACGGCGUGGGAGCGACGCGACGCCGGGUUUGAGUACCUCCACCCGAUUUCGAAGCGAUCCCCGAGGCUCUUCUGUCGAAGGGUCGAGGCGCACGCGAGGAUAGCGACGUAUUUGCUCAAGCCGAGGGACGUCCGUCGCGGCGGGAGGGCGGUGGGGGUCGGGGGGGACGGUGGAGGGCGGGCUGGGGGGAGGAACUCGAGGGAGACGCGGCGCGCGGCGUGGAUAUCCAGAGCCGCGGCGGCCAUCGCUCUCGACGAGCUCUACGCUCGGACGACGCCGGAGCCGGCGACGGACACGGCCGUGAACGGUGACGCGAGCGGCACGCACGCUGUGACGCACCCGAGGGACGUCAGGGACGCGACGACGACGCUGUGCAACGCGUACGCGGCGUGCGGCGACUCGGACGCGAUUCGCGACCUGAUGGAGCGAGCACAGCUGGCGGGGGUGGCUCCCGAUUCGCACAUGUUCAACGCGUUGCUUCGGUCGGAGGCGGCGGAUCGGAGCCUGGCGUGGGACCCGGCGGAGGAUGCGGGGGGGAACGCUGGCGGCGGUUUUAGCGUCGGCGGUUCGAUUCCUGCCGGGCACGUGGCCGGGAACGGCGCCGGGAUCGGGUACACGCACGCGGAGGAGCUUCAGGACGCCGUCAUCCGCGUCGAGGAGAUGAUGCGCGACAUGCUCGAGUCCGGGGUCCGGCCCGACCUUCACUCGUUCAUGGCGCUGCUCGCCGCGUACGCCAAGGUGGGCGACGUCGCCGCGGCGGGCGACGCCCUCGCGGGGAUGAAGGUCCGGGGCAUCGAGCUGGACACGUGGGCGUUUAACGCCCUCUUGCAGGCGUGCGCGGCGGCGAGCGAUCUCGACGCGGCGUCAAAGGUUCGCGCGUCGAUGAAAAAAUCGAGCGUCGCCGCCGACGACAUCACCUUCCUCCACCUGUUCACCGCGUGCGCCAGGCGCACGCGGCAGGUGGCGGUCGCCCUGCGGGACGAGGAGGACUGGGACGAGGAGUGGGAGUGGGGCGGCGACGGCGAGGGGGGCGCGUGGGUGGACGAGGACGAGGACGGCGCCAGGCGGCACCACCUCGGCGCGAGAGCCGCCGAGUCGCACGCCAAGCUCGCGGGAGCGCUCCUCGUCGAUCCCGGGGUCGGGGGAUCGAUUCCGGGCGGUGACCUUCGCGGAACCUUGGGGAGGGCGAUCGGGGUGCGCGAGGCGGCGGCGGCGGCGGCGGCGGCGGCGCGCGAGGGUCUGUCGUCCGUCCGCGGCGUCUUCGAGGACCUGCGAAGCGACGGCGAACCCAUUCGGCUCACGCCGGCGUCGGUUGACGCUCAUCGGUUCCCCCCGUCCUCCUCCUCUCUCUCCCGCCGCCAGCACGUUCACGCCGCUUCCCCCGAGCUCGCCCGCGCCAGAGCCGCGCUCCGCGAAUUUCGCGCCGACAUGGACGCCAGCGGCGUGGCGUUUACCCCGCAGUGCGCCACCGCGCUGGUGCAGACGAUGGGGCGGCUGCGGGAGUUUGACGAGAUGAUGGCGUUUGUUCGAUCGCCGCCGGCGGGUGUGCCGCCGGACGUGUACAUGUACACCCAGGCGCUCCACGCGCUCGCGCAGGACCCGUUCCACUGGCGCCGCGACGGAUCGACCGGGGACGAGGGGAACGACGGGCCGCACGACGUUCGCGACGCGUCAGACGGACGCGUCGAGACUGGGCCCAAGGCGGCGUUACAACUGGCGGACGAGAUGACGUCGCUCGGCAUGGCGCACACGCGCGUGACGCUCAACUGCGUCCUACUCGCGUGCGCGCACCUGCGCGACUACGACGAGGCGAUCAGGCGGUUCGAGACGCACGUGAACGGCGGUGGGGAGGUUGGCGUGGACACGUACAACGCGCUGCUUCGGUGCGCGUGGGCGGCGGGGGUCUUUUCACAAAACGCGUCUUCAAUCGCGCAGGCUUUGGAAAACGAGGGACUGAAGCCCAACGCGCACACGGAGCUGACGCUGCGACGGUGCGGCGGGUUCGGCCAAGGGAUGGGCGGGGACAGGGACGCGUCGGAUGCGCUCCUCAGGCGGUUCGGGUUCGCCGUCGAAGCGCCCGCGCCGCCGCCGCGGGAGCCGAUGCCCUGGGAGAAGGACGACGAGGACGAGAAAAUGCCGACGAGCUCGUCGGCGUACAAGGGACCGCCGCCGCGGAAGCCGCUGGUCGCGGAGAUCGGCGUCGACGUGGAAGACGACGACGACGUCGACAAACUGGCGGAAGGGGACAUGGAGGAACCCCUGGUCUACUCGCGCAAGGACGGGAAGCUGACGCGCGCCGGCCGAAGGUGGGAAAAGGGGCGGAAGUGA